ACACGAUUGGCCUCACCUGGCUCCGUUGAAAUCAGCGGGAUGGCUUGUGUCAAAUCGGGCAGGGGGUACAGAUCGGGGAGUGACAGCUUGGUCCAGUUAAUAUAUACUGUCAAUGGGGCCUGUAGAGGAUUUUAAGAGCUUUAUGCUGUCUUUAGGGGUCGUUCUGCCCUCUACUGGUUAGGAGUAGGAACUACACCUGUACGUCCAUGUUUAUGUUCCGGAGCGCGCUCAGCUGUUGGCUUGUUUUUGGUCCCCAUUUUUAUGGUGUAGCAUGAAUCUAUUUUAAUUUUCCUGGUAAUACGUGUUGGUUAAAUGGACGGACAACAUCAAGGGAGAGGAAAAAGAGGAAGAGGAGGACGAGGGAACCGAGGCGAGAGCAGAGAUGUGCGUCUCUCCAAGUCCAUGUCUUACGCUCUGAGACAUGGGGCGGGAAAAAUGGGACUUCACAUGAGCUCAGACGGAUUUAUAUUUGUGGAUGAACUUCUUGCUCAUCCGCAGUUCAGCUCAUUUUCUCUAGAGGAUUUAGAGAGAGUGGUGGCCACAAAUGACAAGCAACGCUUCAAACUCCACCCUCAUUCAGAGAAUGGACGCUUGCAGAUCCGGGCCAACCAAGGCCAUUCUGUGCAGGUUGAAGAUCUUGAGUUGAGAGCAGUGGCUCUGGAUGCUCCAGACUGUCCACAGGAGGCUGUUCAUGGCUCCUAUGUGAAACACUGGGCCUCUAUACGCAGUCAGGGGCUGAGCAGAAUGAACAGAACACACAUACACUUGGCACCAGGGCUGCCUGGAGAUAGCCAAGUUAUCAGUGGUAUGAGACAGAAUUGUGAUCUAGCAGUGUACAUCAAUGUUCCAAAAGCCCUCUCAGAUGGAAUUGAAUUCUACUGGUCAGAAAACGGAGUGUUGUUGACGCCAGGUGACAAAGAGGGGCUGUUAUUGCCCAGAUAUUUCUCCCGUGCCCAAAGACUUAAACCGUCACCGUGUGAACUUGAACUGCAGUAGCUGAUGUACAGGAUUCCACUCAGAGCUGAAGACAACAAAACCUUGUUGAGCUGAACAGAAGCUAUCAGACAGGAGGCAGACACUAACUGUGGUCUGGUUAACGGAAGACUGUGUGAUGUUGAACAGAGAUAAGGAUGUUUCUCUGUGAUAAUACCAGACAAUACGGGUCAGUGAAACAGAUCGUCUGUUGGAAUGAUAGCCAGUGGUUUCCUCAACUGUCACUUAAUGUAAAAUACAGUAGCAGUUCAAAGCCAGGCUAGUUCAGUAAGCAGAAUUGAAAGCCGGUUGAGAAGCAGUGUGAACACUAGAAAAAAUACUAUGUUUUUAAGUCUUUACCAAACUAAACAUUUGCUCCUGUAUUAGUAUUGAUAUUUACAUUUAAAUAGCAUAAACCUGCCAGUCAGAGAAAAUGCAUGAAGUUUGAGCAACAAAGAUUGAGCAGCCAUUCAAACACAGAAAUAAAAGGACAUCAACAAAAAAAUUUCAUCAAAAUGUUAUGUAAUUUUCAGUUUAAAUACUUCUGUAUUAUUCUGCUCAUCUCUUUUGUAAUAUAACAAAAUACAACUGAAAACAAAAAACAGCAGUACUUAUAUUACUUGGUCUUGAAUAAACAUCCACAUCCACUGCAGCCUUUCAGGAAUGUCACCACUUCCAUCAUCAAGCUGAAACAACUUUUUAUAUAAUUAAAGACAUAGGAUCUAGCCACAAAUAAUACUAAUACUUUCAAAGAUUUUGUUAGUCCUGCUGCUGGAGUAUAAGUGCUCAGGAUCAUCCAGCCUGUGCCGGUCAGAGAGCUUCAUGACCACCAGUGAGUUUGUGGAAAAGCUCUUCGUUCAGGGUGUCACUGGGCUGUCUUGAGCGUGUUGACAUGAAGAUGUAGCCACCAAUGUACUCAUGCACUACCUUACAGUCUGCAGUUACACAACCGAAGGCUAUAUUGAUGUUGCCAUCAAAUUCAAUAGCCACCUGUUAUAGUCAAACAACAGAAAAGAAAUCAUUAUCAGUAAUAGUCAGCAGAGGCAAUUGUAGGAUUACAGUUUUAGGGGUGCUAAAGUCAUUUGCAUAGAACCAUUCUGUAUAAUUUUGUCAAUCAUUUUGCAAUCUACUUAAAGUAGCAAAAACAACAAUCAUAAGCAUUCAAAGGUCACAUGGUUCCACAUGUGUGGUAUUGAUAUCUGAACAUUUUAUAAGAAAGCUUUUGACCAACCUGUCGUAUGUCCCAGUUGACGUUCCACUGUCUCAUGUGGUUGUAGCGCCAGGUCUUCACUACAUCCCCCACUCCCAGGUCAAUUCGGAUUAGGCGAUUGUUUGCAAUACCCAAGACCUCAUCUUUACGGCUUCCCUUAAACCUGAAAGGCCAGUGGUGGACACAGCAGAUCAUAAUUUCGUUUUAUGAUGCAUUCACUACUGUUCUGUACUGUUAGAAACAAUGAAGAAAACCACUGGAUUACAAUUUUAGCCAAAUGUAUGUAGCCAUUUUUCUUAAAGAUUCUAAGUGUUAAAAUGAUCUCAACUAGUUAAGUGAGUGUUCAUUGUUAUACUUGCUCAACUAUUUAGGAAUUGCUUUUGAACUAAAAUGUUUUUGUGAAACCUAGCCCUUCUGCUGUAAAUCCUGAAAGAGGAACUCUCUGGAGGUCUGUCUUCUUGCACUUUAAAGCUUUUUCUGCUCAAGCAGAAAAUCAUAAAAAAAAUGAUUAAACUGUGCUCGACUCUUUCCCACACCCUCGGCAGUAAAGAUUAGAUUCUCUGCCCAAACCCGACCUGAAGCCCGACCCGAACUCGGCCGAGAUUUCCCACCUCAUUCCUCGGGCCAGAUUGGGUCGGGCUCCAGAAAAUAGUCUGAGUUGUAGGCAUCUGUUUUUUAAUUAUAUUUUUAUUUUAUAUAAAGUUUUAAAAAGUUUUGAAGUUUUUUAGAGUUUGUUUAUGUGUUUCUCAGAUUGAGCUCUCUGAUGUAAUGUGUAAAAACUAGUAAACCCCACUAUAAAAACGAAUUAAAACUAACUGAAUUGGAGGAGAAAAGUAAAAACUAAAUCAAAUUAAACUAUAAAAUAAAAAAAAUAAAAAAUAAAAUUUCAAAACUAUUAUAACCUUGUAAGUUACAAGUUAAAAUGUUUAAAGAAAGUUGCACCAGUUAGAAUGUUAUAAUCGUGCAGUUCUGGCCGCAGGUGAGAUCCUCAAUUUGUCUGUGUUUGACUUGCAGUGCUGUGCAACAUUUUUAUGAAAUAAUAGAUGCUUCUUCAGUG